CUUUCCCCACAUCUGUCUCUUAGCCCUUUGCCCUUUGGGGUUUUCUGUUUUCGAAACCGUAAGCUCUCUCUCUCUCUUCGAUGGCCGCCUCGUCUUCGUCGGCGACAUCCUUCACUUCCGAUUCAUCGUCUUCUUCUUCUCGACGCCGCCGCCGGCGGAGAAGUCGCCGAGACAAAGAUCGGGACGCCCUUAGGAUUCGCAAGAAGAGUCGCUCUCAUUCUAAACGCCGUCGCAGGCACCGCCGCUCCUCAUCCGAUUCCCUCUCUUCCUCUGACUCUGAAUCCGAAUACUCCAGAAGUGGUAGCUCGUCUCAAAGCGAGCCUGAAACCUCGGGUCGUUCAAAGCGGCAUAAGAAGAAUGAUAGAACGAAGAAGGACAAGGAGAGAGAGCGAAGUAAGAGUCAUCACCAUAAAAGGCGUAAACAUAAAGCUAAAGAGAAACAGCCAGAAGAGAGAAGUAGCAGCCCUGUACAGCUUUCUAAGUUCCUAGCUCGUGAGAAGGAUGAUGGUGCCCGACGGAGUGCUGUCUCUGGCAAAAAGAUUUUGUUGAAACUUGAUAAAUCAAAGGAAGACAAAGCUGAGGAAAACAAAAGAAAUGAAUUGCUGAAAUUCUUGAACUCUAGCUUUGAUUGAUGGCUGGGGGCUGUGUUUGAAAUGAAGGUAAGAGGCAUUGAUAGAAUGGAAUCACAGUGGUGUUGGGUUCAGUUGCAGUAGAAGAGACAUUCAAGCCUGUGAACUUUCUUUCCUUGGAUGUUUUUAUGCAUAUGAAUAGAGAUCAAUUCUCAUGGAAAAGAAAUUGAAAUUGAAAUGAAAUAAAAAAAAAAAAUGAUUUGCUUGUUUGAUUAAUUAAUGGGAUGGGAUGGGAUGGGAUGAUUGGUUCUUAUGAUUAGCUUGUAUGACUUUUAGAAAUGAUUGGAGAGAAUUAUUCACCAUGUAAAAUGAUGAAAAGUUAAUCAUUUGCACUAAUGCUUAGUUGCUUACCUCUCUCUAGUAUGUAAAGUAUGUAUUCAGGAUCUUUUAUGGUUGAUAAUAGAAGAAAUUAGGUUUGGAUGAUAGUUA